AUGUGCUCCCUCCCCAUGGCAAAAUACUACAUAAUCAAGGAUGCGGAGCAGAAGGUGCUGUACAUAAGAGAUGACCAGCUCCUGGUGGGAGACCCCGGUGUGGACAGCUGCUGUGCAGAGAAGAUCUGCAUCCUUCCCAACAGAGGCCUGGACCGCACCAAAUUCCCCAUCUUCCUGGGGAUCCAGGGAGGCAGGCGCUGCCUGGCGUGUGUGGAGACAGGGGAGGGGCCUUCCCUGAAGCUGGAGGAUGUGAACAUCGAGGACCUGUACAAGGGCGGUGAGCAGGCCACUCGCUUCACCUUCUUCCGGAGAAGCCUGGGCUCUGGCUUCAGGCUCGAGGCUGCUGCCUGGCCUGGCUGGUUUCUCUGCGGCCCGGCUGAGCCCCAGGAGCCGGUGCAACUUGCCGAGGAGACUGAACCCUCCGCCCGCACCGAGUUCUACUUCGAACAGAGUCGGUAG